AAUUUAAAUUUAUAUACACGUGUUUAAUCCUCUUUUUCUAUAAGUUUAAAAACUUUGCAUUUUGAUGUUCCAAGUUUGAAUCGUGAAAGAAAGAUUCAAAUCGAUCGCGCUAACAUUUCAAGUAAAUGAGACGCGAAUGAUUUGUUUUACCACCGGUAACUGUAAUAAAGAACGAGAGUUAAUUUUUGAAAUUCGUAGAAAAUCGAUCGUGAAAAGCCUUGUAGAUUUCCUUAAAAUCGGCGCCGUAUUUAAGAGAGCGAUUUUUGAAAUGUACGUUAGCGUUGUGAUGCGUACACCACAUAAAAUUUCGGUAGUUCCCGAAACACCGGAAACGUCCUUUGGUUCGUUUGCCGCCAAAGCGAGCUGUGUGUUGUGAUGAAAUUGUUUAUCCUUUGAUUCGAGAUUCUUCGUUUUGUAAAAGAUUAAUUCGAAAAUUUGAUAUACAAAGAGCAGUCGGAUAAACUGUUUCACAGUAUUGUGGCAGUGAAAUUCGUGUCUUUCAGUAAAAUCAACUAUUAAACAAAGUUAACGAUGGCCAAAGUUCAGCUAGCGAAUGUAGCUGUUCUCGAUAAUCCUUCGCCGUUUCUAAAUCCAUUUCAGUUCGAAGUUACUUUUGAGUGCAUCGAAGAACUAAAAGAAGAUUUAGAAUGGAAGAUGAUCUACGUCGGCAGUGCCGAAUCCGAAGAUUUCGAUCAAGUUUUAGACACAAUUUAUGUUGGUCCAAUCCCAGAGGGAAGGCAUAUGUUUAUAUUUCAGGCUGAUCCUCCGGAUGUCAGUAGAAUUCCAGUUAAUGAUGCUUUAGGUGUUACGGUUGUUUUAUUAACUUGUUCAUACAGAGGACAUGAGUUUGUGCGUGUUGGUUAUUUCAUAAAUAACGAAUACACAGACGCAGAGCUUAGAGAAAAUCCACCACCUCAGCCUCAGUUUGACAAGGUGCAACGAAACAUCUUAGGAGAUAAACCACGUGUCACUAGAUUUAAAAUCAAUUGGGAUGAUGGAGCUAGUUCGACGACAAACAAUGUACCAGAAGGCAUGGAUGCACAAAGCAUGGAAGAAACGUCGCAAGAUGCACCAACAUCUACGUUGGGCUUUACAGAAAGUACACACAAUAGUAUGGAAGUAAUGUAAAUUAAAGUUAACUGCCAGUGACGAAUGAGCUAGCACAGACCAUAAUAAGAGGAAUGAAGUAGUGCCUGGAAUGAAGAUUCAAAUGGUUCAUAUAUUUGGAUACCUCAAAAAAAGAAA